CUUGGCACUUUCAUCGUUUCGUACGUUUCUAGAACUGAGUCAAAGAUUCGAGAAUGCCUUCGCAAUGCUCUGAUUUCUGUUUGAUGGCGAGUCCUCGAUAGGAGAGUGGAAGCGAAGACGAAACCAAAUGAUGGUGCGAGAUAUGAACUAUCGAAGGGAGAAUCGCGCCUGAAGAUCGUCUAUCUUCGAUGGCCUAGAUGGACUUAAGGAAGGUCGCUUGAGAUAUGAAUCUUGAGGGGAACAAAAUGGACUCGGCGAGAGGGAUAAUGUCAGGAACUAUCAACGGUUUCAAGUUGGUAUGUAAAAUAGAUUGUGUACUGUUGGUAUCAAGAGGGGAGAGUGGUCCUGUAGGGUAGUAACAUAGUGGAAAAGUUUCAGCCAAAAAGACCAAUUUGGAUUCAACCGAAUGUAGAAUUGUAACAUUGUGUGAAAGCAUAUGGUGCUAGACUUUUCAUCUACUGUCUCUGGAGCAGCAAUGUAGUCUGAGAGAAAUGUUUUUGCUCUCCUAGAUCUCAUCGAAAAGGAUGCCCUGGAUCUUCCUAUCUGAUUUCAGACAGAGGGUGCCGGAUCUAUGUCAAUAAGCCUCAAACAAAGAGUAGGAGUGGUGAAAAACUGAACAACGUUUGUCAGCAUGUUAUCAUGAUCAAAGCAGAUCAACGCGCCCUCCGCGCCGUUAAACCUGUUCUUGUCUGGAUGAAGACAGAGAGCCAACUUCUUGUAGUGUUUCUUCACGGUUUCAUCAUCGGCUGAAGGAUCUACACCGAGGAUUCCAUACCAAUCAGAUUCGACUCCUCCGAUGUAAACAUCGAUCAUCGUCGAGACUUGUUUCAAACCAUCGAGAUCUGGGUACAGAUUCUGAGCCUUGUUCACGAAUCUUUUCGCCCCGUUGUAAUCCUUCUCCGACAGUUUCCUCUCUGCAAUAUCCAACGCUCUUCUACCUUCUUCCUUAUUACAUUCCAUGGUGUUUAUUUCUCUCUGGGGAAACAAUCGAGAAGCAAAAAGAGAACGAAACUACGAUUUUUGUUCAGAUGACCUAGGCAACGAGAGCAGCGGCAAAAACGAAAUCAGAGAGGAAGGAUAAUGGAAAUUUGAUUAUAUACUUUCACGAAAAAGGAAUAUCCAUUUAUUUCCUUUUUGCUUCUAAUACUGAUGGGCUUUUCUCCGGCCCGUUUUAAUAACGCUAAUUGACCCAGAUGGGCUAGGCUAAGCCCGAUAAACUCACCCUUUCUCUGUUCUUCUCGGGACUAGCCAACAGUCUGGCACUUUCGUGCGUUCUCAGCAAAAACAAACCCAUGAAAUCUCGUACGUUUCCGGAACUGAUUCGAGAAUCUCUUUACUCUAAUUUCUCUUUGAUGGCGAGUCCUCGACAGGAGAGUGGAGGCGAAGACGAAACAAAUGAUGUUGCGAGAUAUGAACUAUCGAAGGGAGAAUCGUGGCUCAAGAUCGUCUCUAUUCGAUGGCCUUGAUGGACUUGAGGAAGGUCGCUUGAGAGCUUCCUCUUCGUAUUCUCAUGAUAUCACCGAACGCGACAAUGAUGAAGUCCUGGAAAAUGGAUCUGCAGGACAGAGUUUCAUUUCUGAAGAGAGAUUUCUUGAAUUGACGUUUAUAUUAAGAACAAGCUCUGAAGUGACCGGAGACAUACAUGAAGAAGUUGAGAAUCAUAACCGCUUGCUUGACGAAGUGGGGAACAAAAUGGACUCGGCGAGAGGGAUAUUGUCAGGAACUAUCAACCGUUUCAAUGUUGGUCUUUGAGAAGAAGUCUAAUCGAAAAAGUUGCAUAUUUUGUGCUCUUCUUCUUGAUCAUGUAUUAACCUUAUUAGGCUAUUAAACUACAUCAAAGGGUGAUUUUUUGGAUACAAGAAGAAAUAGUUUGUUACAUCAAUACUCGUUUCGUUUUGGGAAUCUGAAACAAAUAACUUUCAUUUUUGGGUUUCUCCUGAUGAAUGAAUGAUUCAGACACAUUGAACUAGUCAAGGGACCCAUAUUGAAACAAGACAAAGAAAGAGAUUGUGAAGGGACUGGUGAACCGAAUGAAAAAAAAAAUGGUAGGUAGAGACACUUCUUUUGUCCGAAGCACAAUCAUCUCAUGUCAUUUCAUGUAAUGUAGUAAAAAGCUUCUUUAUGAUUUGUCAUUUAUCAACUAUUUGUUCACAAACAAACAAGGUAUUGGAUCGUGUUUAACAAUUUUGUCUACGAAAAGCUUAAUUGAUUGAUAAGCUUUAUUAUUAGGUUAUUGUGAAAAAGUUUAGCA